UCACUUUUAAAAUUGAAAAUUUCCCGCCAGUUCCUUCCCCGUACGUCCCGACGUUGCAGAGUACGGAACCCGGAAGACAGAUGCAGGCAUCGGCCAAAGAACAUUGUCAGGGACACUGCAGGAGGGACAUCGCGGGAGCCCAGGACAAGGUAAGUGACGAAGAGAUCCCGGAGCAGCGCUGCAGUGGUAUUCCCGAGUGUAGCUUGGGGUUACCGCUUGUGGUACUGAAACUUUACCCCGAGCUACACUCGGGAAUACCGCCAGGGGGGUUAAUGACCGCC